UCGUCUAGAACGAUUAUUCGUAGGCAUACGAGCCGAGGUCACUUAUGUAGUGAAGUUAUAGCAUAUACCUUCCAUAAUUUAAAGACUGCGAUGCCCUAUGGCUACUACGAUACUUAUUACUCGUACCUGAUUCGCCGCUCAAUACGCUCAGCCAGUUAGCUGUCGCUCAAUCAUCCCGUGCGCUCGCCUGGAGUGCUCUCACCUCCACCCGCUCACAUGCGUAUCCUGUCGCUAAUUCCUUUGCACACUUAUUCGCUGCGUCGCACACAAUUUCGCUUCUUCACCCAAACACGCACAGCAGCACCGACGGUUGGACCAGGGGAGUCUGUGUAGUAGCACGGUACAGGCCUAUAUCCAGACAAGAUACUCAACUGGUCUGCGAAAUUUCUUCGAAGCGGUCGCUUUCCAUCUGCCCAGGCAGACUCGACUCUAUGACGAGGCACCGCAUUGCGAAACUGUCAGAUGUUACUGCUUGUGACGAAUGAAUCAGAACGGCGUGACUGACGGCGAGACUGACGGCGGCGAUUGAGUAUCCGAUGGCGAGCAGCGGGUUGCCACAGGGAGAGAUAACGGCGGGAUGUGACGAGCGCGAUGACGGGCAGGAUGGAAUGGGAGGGAUGGGAAUCGCGAUUUCGAUGAGAAACGAAGGGAAUCGCCGUCUGAGAUGGAGGAUGACUCGUAUUGGGAAGUAGGAAGGGAGGAAUAAGGCAAAGGAGGGGUGGUAGACAUUCCUGCCCUCGCAUGGGUGGUAAGGGUCUUCCGAAUUUCUUGUGUUCGUCUAUCCCACUGUUCCCAAAAGCACAACCCUAAACGCUGAGGGUACUUUUGACUCAGUACGUGAUUAUUGCGGCCAAAACCAUGACUCCUGCCUGCAGGUCCACCCUGCACUCCUCUGCGUCGCCUGUUGCUCCAAAGCGUGUCGCUCACACCUUGCUUCCCCCCCAACCCCAUGCCAUCCACCUAUGUGCACUCGCGUCCCUUGCAGAUCCUCCUUACUCCUCUGCUUCGCUGCGCGACUUUUCCCCCAACACAUGUUGCCCCCCCACCCUUCCCCCUUUCCCCCUCCAACUUCCCCCUUCCCUCCCAAGUUCUAUUUCCCUUUCCUGCCUGUGCUUGCGCUACUCCCCCCCGCGUCUCGCUGUCUGCCUGUUCCUCUAAGGCGAGUAUAAAUGAACCGUGACAUUCAGAGCAAGAUUUGGUACGAAUAUU